CCAUUGGAUUGCCCCCCUGAGGGAUGGUGGCAGAGCAUUGACUGCCUCUGGGAUAAGGUGACUGCAUUCGGUGCACCUGGACUCCUCUGGUGCACCCCAUCUGAUUGUAAAGGGGCUGAGGCUGGGGUCUUGAUGGUCUUGCCCUCUGUCUGGCUUUUUUAACGAAGAGAGAAGGUGAGGGAGGAGCUGGAGCAUCAUGUCGGGGAGGCCGAGAACCACAUCCUUUGCAGAAAGCUGCAAGCCAGUGCAGCAGCCGUCCUCGUUUGGCAGCAUGAAAGUCAGCCGAGACAAAGAUGGCAGCAAAGUAACCACGGUGGUUGCGACCCCAGGCCAGGGUCCUGACCGCCAACAGGAAGUCAGCUACACCGAUACGAAGGUGAUUGGCAAUGGAUCUUUUGGUGUAGUUUAUCAAGCCAAACUCUGUGACUCGGGAGAGCUUGUGGCAAUCAAGAAAGUACUGCAGGAUAAAAGAUUCAAGAACCGAGAGCUUCAAAUAAUGAGGAAGUUGGACCACUGCAACAUAGUCCGUCUACGCUACUUCUUCUAUUCUAGCGGAGAAAAGAAGGAUGAGGUUUACUUAAACCUGGUGCUGGACUAUGUUCCUGAAACUGUGUACAGAGUCGCAAGACAUUACAGCCGAGCCAAGCAAGCGCUCCCCAUGAUUUAUGUGAAGUUGUACAUGUAUCAGCUGUUUCGAAGUUUAGCCUACAUUCAUUCCUUUGGAAUUUGCCACCGAGACAUUAAACCACAGAACCUACUGCUGGACCCAGACACGGCCGUAUUAAAACUCUGUGACUUUGGCAGUGCAAAGCAGCUGGUUCGUGGAGAACCCAACGUUUCGUACAUCUGUUCUCGGUACUACAGAGCCCCAGAGUUGAUCUUUGGAGCCACCGAUUACACCUCCAGCAUAGAUGUGUGGUCAGCGGGCUGUGUAUUAGCAGAACUUCUCCUGGGCCAGCCCAUCUUCCCUGGGGACAGCGGUGUGGACCAGCUUGUGGAAAUCAUCAAGGUUCUUGGUACACCGACACGGGAGCAGAUUCGAGAAAUGAAUCCAAAUUACACAGAGUUCAAGUUCCCACAGAUAAAGGCACAUCCGUGGACUAAGGGUUAUGUCUUUUUGCAGGUGUUCAGAGCGCGCACUCCCCCAGAGGCCAUUGCGCUGUGCAGCCGGCUGCUGGAGUACACACCUACUGCUCGUCUCACCCCCUUGGACGCCUGUGCUCACUCCUUCUUCGAUGAGCUCCGGGACCCCAACCCCAAGCUUCCUAAUGGCCGUGAAUUCCCUGCACUCUUUAACUUUACCACUCAAGAAUUAUCAAGCAACCCCUCCCUAUCAUCUACUCUCAUACCUGCCCACGCUCGAAACCAAGCCUCCGUGUCUACGCCUACAAACGCCACAGCAACGUCAGAUUCAAAUGCCGGGGACCGUGGGCCAACCAACAACGCAGCCUCUGCAUCUGCCUCCAACUCCACCUGAGUCAAUUAGAAGCAUGUUCAGGGCACGGGCGAAAAGGGCAAAGUAGCAACGGGGAGGGGGAAACACAUGCCCUGUCCCUGGGACUCCUCCCACAAAACACUGGCCACAUUUAUCAAAGAAAAAAUACUGAAAAAAAAAUAUAAGAAACUGUAAAGGAUAUGCCAUCUUCUGUUGAUUUUAGUGGUUCAGUUUUUUUUUUUUACUAUUAUUAUUAUUUAACCUUUGUAAAAUAUCUAUAAAUACAGUUCUUUAUUUUAUUUUUAAUUUUUAUUUUAAGUCUCUUGUGUUUCUCGGGUGAGAGAGGAGAGGUGUGAUUGUAAAUAGAAGUUGCUUCUCUCCUCUGUCUCCGGGAGGCAGUUUAGCUGUUCCUGUGCUGGAGUGUUGGCUUCAGCAGAGGAGGAGUUAACGGGAAGCUUGCCACAAUGCUUUCACCCUCCAGACCCCAUUGUCCCGUUUUCCUAAGGAUUCUGCUGUAAUCACCUGCCGGUGGGUGGCUGCUGAGGCCAGGUUAAGUAAAAAAUAAAAAAAAAUCACUCCCCCAAAAAAUCUAAAUAAGAAGCGGUGUCCAGAAAUUUGGCCGCAGCCCGCCCGAGGCCCUCCGCCAUACCGGAUUGAUUCUCGGAGUGCCUUAUUGUUUGAGAUGCCGUCAAAGGAGUGCAAGCAUGCCUUGCGUUCUCAUCCCGUCUGUCUAUAAACUCCUCUAAAGUCUGGCACAGAGAUUGCAAAACCUGCGAGCUUCUCAAUGGGCAGCUCUGUCCUUCACCAUUUCACUUUCUUCCCUUUGUUUAGGUGGAGAAAACAUUUCAUCGUUUUCAUGUGUAUUUGUUUUCCCCCACGUAAUUCUGUUCUUGUUGUAGAUGCAGAUUUGCCAAAUUUGGAUUGUGAAUACAAAUCUGACAAGAUGGGUAGUUUUAACAGUAUAAUGUGCAGUGUUUGGGAAAGCCUGUCUGGCUAGAGGCAAUGUUACUAGAGGGUGGGUGGUUGGCUGCGCUGCAUGGACUCCCAGGGGCAGACAGAGCAUUGCAUAUUCUCUUCUGGCAUUUCCAUGGGCAUUAAGUCUGCUUUGGUGGUCUUAACAUGGCUACUUCAAGCUGGUCCUCUCUUUCCAUGGGGCUUGGUUGAAUGAUAUCACAGCCAUAUUUAUCCAGAGACUGUACCCCAACACACCCCAAACCCCGUGUCUUAACCCUUCCACUGUUAGAACUGCAUGUGCAAUGUGAUUGAUGGAUCUCUCCUUCACUUCCUGACCUGUUACUGGGUGCUAGGAUUAUACUAACCUUCCCUCUGGCUGCUAACAGGGUGACUUGUAGGAUCUCACAGCAUGGUUCUGUCCUGCCCUGUCCUGUAAUCUGCAGAUUUCUCUAUGUGCCAUUUGGGUGAAUGGUCUACAUGAUCUGAGCCAGCAUACAUUACGUGCAGCGCUCAGACUGACCAGGCGGGGGAGCUCUGCUGUUUAAUAUUGACUAUUUGCUGUCCUGCCCACAUUCUAAUUGGGAACAAGGGUGUGCAAGAUGUUAAAAUUAAUGAGCAGUCUUCUAUUUGUAUUUAGCCUUUUAAAAGAUAUCUGCUAUUUACCAAUUUUGUGAUUUUUAAUGUUUUGUGUUUUUUUUGUUUUUUUUAUUUAAAUAAAAAAAAAAAAAUCACAGCUUUUAUAGAUUGGCAAUGUGAGUCGAACAUCCUGUCACUGGAACAUUAAAUGGGCAGAAUUUUAAUUUCCCAUAAUGGUAAUUUAAUAUUAUCUGUUGGGAAUAAAUCGCAGGAAACCGAGUGGAAUGUUCAGGUUAACCUGAGACGCACAGACAAUGCCUACGUUACACACAAACUGGACGUAAACUUUAGUAAGGCAAACUGUCCCAGAAGUCAUUUAUUGGUUUGAUGUAACUAUGAAAAGAAAUUAAUAAUCUUUUCUAUUCAUUGGAUCCUGCUGUCCCCGUUCGUUCAACCCUCUGUAGCUCUGAGUGUAGCGCUUGUUGUGUUAAUGUUGGGGACACCAUUGUCACUGCUGCUGGCAUGUUGUGUAUUUGGGUUUGGCCUCAGUAAUAUGAGGAGUAUUUGUGGCUGUAGACAGUGUGAUGAUUUCCCAGCAAUAGGAAUUUCUCUAAGGUUAGUGAAGGAACCCUUUCAAUUCAAUUUUUAACCCAUUCGCAGACGCUCUCUCCAGGAGUGCCAUGGCGGCUAAUUCUGCUUCUGCUUGCAUUUAACCCUUUCUGAAUUGGAUCUUUUUGAUAUCCUGCAGAAAACUGUGGAGAUUGACAGAAUGAUAUUUUCUCUGGUUUUGCCAAGACAGCUUUCAUGUCACAGGAGUAGCAUUGUCUUGUUUUUAUGUGAUGUUUCCUCCUGCUGUCUUUUUAUCGUUCCAUAAAUUGCAUAUUUUAAUUGCUAGAAUAAGCAGAUUUGGGAGCUUUUAUCUCUGACAUAUGCUCCUUCUAUGCAAUCUGUGUUCACUUGCCACCUGGAGCGGCUGGGAAUGUUCUGAAUGGGCAUGCAGAGUUUGUUUGGCAUCCAAACAUCUCUGGUAUAAGAUCACAGCAAAACAUUUUGGAGAGUAGGGACCUGGAUUCUCCAAUCUCCUGUGUUUUCCUUGCAUGCUACUCUUGUUCCAGUAAGAGAGCAUCCAUGUCAGACCUCUCACUGCGCAGCUAUCUGUGUCUCAGAUAUCUGAUAUUCAAACUGCAGAGCUCCAUCGGGGGUCCUCCAGUGACCCCGUAGACCCCAGGUUUCAAAAUCUCUCUCCCACUGUGGAUUGUUUUUUUAUUAUUGUAGCUCAUGCUAUGGUAAACUCUACAUAUUCUCCAUCGCAGAGCGCUUGUGUUUUACCGUAAGUUCCCUAAUAAUGGCAGGGAUUAGUAUAAUACCUGUGCACUCCUGGCAUCACAUAUGUACCAGGGAUGGUCGCCUGCCCACCCUGAUGUUUAAUGUCUGAGUGAACAAAUGCAUCUUCUAAAGCCAUGUCUUUGUAUAGAGUUGGUGCUGAUUUCCUUUUUUACAGAUAUUUGUUUAGCAAAAGGCUUUGUGUUCAGGGUUUCUGUCUGCCCCUCUGGCACAGACUGGCAGUCGCUCACACUGUGAUGGAUCUAAAUCCCCAAUGGUCCGUAACCGUAUGCCCUCAAUCCUCUAACAAUCAUUGUCAGCAGGUUCUCAGGGGGCUUGCCCAGUACCCCCACUAGUGCCGUCUGCACACCCCCUUUAAGUUUUCCAAGUCCCCUUGGGAUGUCCGUGGCAGAUAACACAGAACCACGACUAGAGACAACGGAGGAGUUUAAACUUUGCUUACUUUGUGUCUCCUGCAUUCCACCAGUGAAAUCUCAGUGUGUGUUCUGUGUGAAAAUCAUUGUGUUAAGAAACAAUUUCAUAUUGUGGUUCUACAGCUUCUGUGAGAUUCUACAUCUGUAUCGGCUGUUCUGUGGCCAGAGAGGAAUAAAAUGAGAAGGAUGGACCGGGUCAGGGGUAGCCAGACUGUCUACAGCUAGGGAUUGUGGGAAUUGUUUUACCAAUAGCUAAACAUUGACAGAUUGGCUAUUCCCUGUAAACUGCUUUUUUAAGACUCAAACUUUAAAAUAUAUAUGUUUUUUUUGUUUGGUUUUUAACCCUCUCCUCACCCAGUAAGAGCAAAUUGGGUUCUGAGUGAUCAUUGAUGACUACUGGUCUCAAUGACGCCAUGUAACGCCAGUCUCACAGCCAUCCCACACAUUUCUAACCGAUAUGACCAAACAUACACACAACCCUCCAGUGCUCUCUGGAUCAAUAUAAAUGUAGACUCUACGCACAGCCCUGAUCCUUUUAUUGUAAUCAAACAUAUCAGAUUCCCUGAGUUUUGUUCCUUCCAAUCUCACUGAAUGUUGAAAGCACAGUACUUGCACGCACAUAUUGCUGGAAUUGUCAUGAUACGUCAAGGCAGGGCGAAAUUUGUAAUACUGAAUUACGGUUGGGA